AUGAAAGGACAUUGGAAGCAAACAGGGACGGGGCAGCCCAGUACUCGUAUGAGACUGCGGGACUGUUGCUAUAAUACCGGCAUUUUCUCGGCCGCCGUUGCUUCCAUAGGUACCAGCUCACCACCACACACCUUUCUCAUCCAUCAGUCCCCUCACCCUCGGUCGGGACACUGGCAAAAGCGGAACAGGCCCAGCGGAAACCACUGCUGUCUCCCCUCGUCCAGCCGCCGGCUCAGACCACCGCACGCUUUGAAAACGAUGGCUUCUACUCCAAACCAAAGCUCGGCUUUUCUGUCAGGCCACAGAAGAGCACGAACCAGACAGCUUAUCAAGAAGCCUUUCAAGAAAAUAUUCAUAAAGUCAAUUUUGUUAUCUGCGUUUACCCAGCAGCAACCACCACCAUCACCACCACCGAGCACAUCUUUUGCAUCUUCAUCCUCCCACCAACACCGAGAUCCGACUCCUCCUCCUCUCCCUCGGUCGUCGCCUCACUCUCGACCCACCAGCCGACGAUCUUCCUCCACCACCACCACCACCACCACCACCAGCCAACUUAUCUGGAGACUCUCUGACGACACCCUCUCUUGUUCCAGCCUACAGCUAGCAGCACAUUUCAACACAACCACCCAGCUAUCCGACUCUUGCACCAUUCCACUCUCGCCUUACCUUUACCAAGAACAACAACAGAAUAUCAUCACGCCCUCCAACGACAGCCACCCAAGCCCCUUCUCCACACCUCACCACCACCACUACUACUACUCCACCGAGCAUUCCCACACCAACAACCACUUCUACGUCACCACCAUGUCUGGCAGCAGAUCCUCGUCCCCUCCCCCAACCCCCUCGGGUUCCAUGCCCAUUGAACAGACACCCGCCUUCCAGAAACUUGUCCCCGUCGAGCGUGCACGAGCAUUCAUCCACUCUGUCGUGUUUGAAGAAGACGAGGAGCUGUCCGAGGAAGAGAGGGAGCACAUCACCAUCAAGUGCGAAAAGACAUGGACGGACCUGCUGAAGCUGGGGAAUUUGGACGAGAAGGAGGGGACAGAGGAGUGUCAGAAGUUGGUGCGCGCGCCGGUGAUUGGGGAGGGGAUUUGUCACAAGUUGUGGAAGAGGCUGGCGGCGAUUUCGAGGAAGGGGGGGUACACGAAUGAGGCGGCUGGUUUUGAGGCGAUGAGGAAGAAUUUGGUGGUGGAGGGCAAGGCGAGGCGGGAGGAGAAGAAGAGGGAGAAGGAGGAGAGAAGGAAGGAGAGGGAGGGAAGGAAGGGGGUGGAGGGGUUGUUGGAUUCGUUGAAGCUGAGCCCGAGGAGGAAGGAUAAGGAGGGGAGCCUGAGCGGGGAGCGGGAUGAAGGGGAGGGGGGUGGAGAGCAGGAGGGAGAGGAGGGUUUUUGGCAGGCUCCUGAAACGUAUACACCAAGGAUUGCGCCGCCCGAGAUGGAGGCGAAGGACACGCCUUGUCCGCCUGGGUUGUUGGGUUUGUUGGAGGGGGACGAUGAUGAGAUGACCAGAUGGGAUCAGGCUGCCUAUCAUGGGAGGGUAGGGGUGCCGAACCGGAAGAUUGAGGAAACUGUUGGUGGGGAUGAGGAGGAAGAGGCUGUCAAGAACGCUGAGGAUAAGAAUAAGCGGAAGGCGGCCGAGGCGAAGGAGGGGAGCAGGUCUUGUCGGCCAAAGCUUACUAAGAGCAAGAGCUGGAUUGGGAAGAUAGCUAGCAUGGGGGAGAAGGUUUCUUAUGGGUUGGGGGUUGCAGGGCCUGCUGGGUCUAAGGGUCCGAAGGAUGAUAGGAGUAGGAAGAAGUCUAUCUGA